AAUACAAUAUUAUCAUUUACGUGUGUCGUAUUUAUCAAGGGAGAACACUCGGUAACACAGAAACCGAAUAUCAUGUCUACUGCAGAAAUUCAAGAUUAUUUAAAGACAGCUACAGGGGUAGCCAAGGAGGCAGGGGAGGUAGUUAGAGAGGCCUUUUACAAAGAGAAAUCAUUACAAACUAAAAGUAAUUACGCUGACCUAGUGACAGAAACAGAUCAGGCCGUAGAGAAACAGAUAAUUAACUCAUUGAAAGAAAAGUAUCCAACUCACAAAUUUAUUGGUGAGGAAUCAGUAGCAGAUGGUCAUAAAACAGAAUGGACAGAUGACCCUACAUGGAUCAUUGACCCCAUAGAUGGAACAACGAACUUUGUACAUCAAAUACCACAUACAUGUGUGUGUAUAGGACUAUCUAUUAAAAAGCAGAUGGUAGUUGGUGUGGUUUAUGCCCCGAUUUUAAAUGAAAUGUAUACAGGAGCUAAAGGACUGGGAGCCUUCUGUAAUGGGGAACGGAUAUCUACUUCUCAACAAAAUGACAUGAAGCAGGCAAUUAUAUAUCUGGAAGGCGGAUCCUCAAGAGAACCAGAUGUAUUAAGAAGAAAAUGUAAUAUUUAUCAUAAAGUUGUUGAGACUACUCGUGGGACAAGAACAUUAGGUUCAGCAGCUAUGAAUAUGGUAAAUGUGGCCAAAGGAAGUGGUGAUGCUUAUGUAGAAUAUGGUUUACAUAUCUGGGACUUUGCUGCAUCAGGGGUGAUACUGUUAGAGGCUGGUGGUGCUAUGAUUGAUCCCGCAGGUGGUCCUGUAGAUUUCCUUAGUAGAAGAGUUCUCUGUGCCUCAUCACAAUCUUUAGCAGACCAGUUAUCUACAACCAUCCCAGAACAUAUAGAAAUGGAGAGAGACUGAAAAUGGCAGACUUAAACAAUAAAUGUUAGAUUUAGCAAAAAAGUAAGGGUGGUCCUGGUUAAUUCUAGUGCAAAUAAACACUUAGUGCAUUAGUAGGAAGAAAAAUUAAAGUUUAUUUUCUAUGUUAGUUCUAAUAAUAAUAAAAACAUUUUACAAUCAGUGAAAAACAUGCAGUGAUCUACAGAAUUCCAAUUUUAGCUGACCAACAGGGUUAUUGUUUGAUGUCUGUCCUGAGCUUUUAAACAAAUGCCUUAUGUGAGGAUGAUGCCUUGUAUACUAGCAUUGUAAGGCUAGGUAAAGGGACUCUUGUUCAAAUUUCUCAAUAAAGCAUUUCUAAAAUGGGUUAAAUAGGAUUGCUUGUUUAAUGACAGUGGGUAUAUUUCACAGUGGGUAUUUAGGUGCUUAAUUAGGGAGCCUUGGAACUAUGUUGGUUGGUUGCUGGCUAAUUAAAAUUUUCAUCAUACAUUUUAUAAUGGUUAAGAGAGUCUUCUAUCACUUUUGAUGUUAUAGAUAUAUGUUGUUAAUGUUAUAUGUACUAUUUUAUUUUUUAGAAGUUAUCACUAUUUAUUAUAUAUUUGCUGGUCAACAUUUUUGUAUAUGUUUUUUUUAUAGAGAUAAUUAUUUUAUAUUAAAAUAACAGUACAAAAUA